GGUAUCAUAUUUACGGAGUAUGCGCGUAGCCAAAGCAAAAAAUUCAAAUUUGAAGAAUUCGAACUUGAACGAGUUGAACAUUAAAAGUCAAAAUUCAUCUCUAUAAUUACAAAAGCUUGCGAUGACACUGCAUUUUUCUCAACAAUGAGAUACUUUCAGCAUUUUUCUAUGUCUUGUUAAUAUGGUUCGUUUAAGUAAAUCUGCGCAACGACAACGCACUCCAGAAAACAGUACAAAACGUAAAGAUUAUACACCGAAACGUACUAUUACAGAAGAGGAAAACAAAUCUGCUGGAGUAAGACGUCAAAGACGUCGAAGAUAUCGACCAGGUACAAGAGCUCUAAUGGAGAUUCGGCAUUAUCAGAAAACUACCGACCUUCUAUUGCGCAAGAUGCCUUUUGUACGAGUGGUGCGAGAAAUAGCUAUGAAAUGGUCAUCAAAUCAUGUGGAACUUAGAUGGCAGCUGCCAGCUUUAGAAUGCAUUCAAGAGGCUGCAGAAGCAUUUCUUGUUAGGUUAUUUGAAGAUGCCAACCUUUGUGCGUUGCAUGCAAAAAGGAUUACAAUCAUGCCUAGAGAUAUUCAUUUAGCAAGGAGAAUUCGUGGAAGAAAUGACAUUGGCUGAUUGUAAUUUUUCACUUUAAGAUAUAGUUACAUAUGUACCUUAGUUUUUUUAAAAUUUAGAUGUAACGUUUUUUUAUUUAGUGUUAAGUUAAGUUUAGCUUUAUACAGUACAUGGAACAUUGACGCUACUUGCCUUUUGUAAGUAGUGUCAUAGUAAAAAAAUAGAGUUGUAACAAUAUAAACAACACGUAGCCUUGGCCAUGUCAUCAAUUUUCAUAUAUGCGAAAAAAUAAAAACCUCUACUUGUUUUCUCGAGAAAAA